GAGGCUGUGGACGCCAUGGUGAAAAGUAUGGAGAGAGAGAACAUUCGGAAGAUGAAGGGCCUCAUGUUCCCGUGCAGCGCCAACUGCUGUGAGGACAACCAGGCAUCUAUGCAGCAGGUGCACCAAUGCAUCGAGGGAUGCCAUGCACCUUUGGCUCAAGCCUUGGUGACCAGUGAGCUGGAAAGGUUCCAGGACCGCCUGGCCCGGUGCACCAUGCAUUGCAAUGACAAAGCCAAAGACUCGAUAGAUGCAGGAAAUAAGGAGCUGCAGGUGAAGCGACAGCUGGACAGCUGUGUGGCCAAGUGUGUGGAUGACCAUAUACACCUCAUCCCAACAAUGACCAAAAAAAAAAAAAAAAUGAAGGAGUCUCUGCCAUCCAUCGGGAAAUAAAAUUGUUUGCCAGUGACCAUGG